AUGGCACCCGCAGGACACCUCUGCUCGGUGCUGCUGGUUGUGUGUCUACUGGGGCUUCAUCACUCGUCAGGUUUCUGGAUCGUCAACGUCGUCUUCCCGCCAAACGCCAAAGCCAGAAGACCAAGCAACAGCACUCCACCACUAAUUAUCGUGCCAGGGAACUUGGGAAACCGUCUGGAAGCUAAGAUAGACAAGCCGACAUUGGUCCACUGGAUGUGCUACAAGAAAACUGAACAUUGGUUCUCUCUGUGGAUUGACCUCAACAUGUUCAUGCCUGUAGGUGUAGACUGCUGGAUUGACAACAUUAGACUUGUCUACAAUAGAACGACUCGGCAAUCAUCCAACUCCCCAGGGGUGCAGGUGCGGGUGCCAGGAUUUGGGCAGACAUAUCCCAUUGAGUUUCUUGACCAAAACAGACUGGCUGGUUAUUUUCACACUAUGGUGCAACAUUUGGUCAACAUGGGCUACACCCGAAAUGAGACGGUCCGAGGAGCACCGUACGAUUGGAGAUUAGCUCCUAAUGAGAAUGCACAGUAUUUCAGAGAGCUGCAGGACCUGGUUGAGGAGAUGUAUGACAAGCACCAGCAGCCUGUUUACCUGCUGGGACACAGCAUGGGCUGCCACUAUGUCCUCUACUUUCUCAACCACCAACCUCAGGCCUGGAAGGACAAGUACAUCAGGGGCUUCAUUUCCCUGGCAGCUCCAUGGGGGGGUGCUGUUAAACCACUUAGAGUCCUGGCGUCAGGUAACAAUGACGGCAUCCCGAUGAUUUCCAAUAUCAAAAUCCGCGAGGAGCAGAGGAUGACAACAACUAAUCCCUGGAUGCUACCGUCUGAUAUAGCCUGGCCAAAGGACCACGUGUUCAUCUCCACACCAACCUUUAACUACACCAACCAGGACUACCAGCGCUUCUUCUCAGACAUCAAUUUUGAAGAUGGCUGGCACAUGUGGGAGGACACCAAGAACCUUACUGGCGAUCUCAACCCACCAGGUGUUGAGGUGUGGUGUAUGUAUGGCGUGGGGCUUCCAACUCCGGUGACAUACAUUUACGACGAGGAGUUUCCCAACGUGGACCCGGUGGACUUUGUUUACGCCGAUGGGGACGACACAGUGGAUAGCUUUAGCAUGAGUCUUUGCAAACGUUGGGCGGGGCAGCAGGAGAAGCCGGUCCAUGUUACAGAGUUCCGAGGGCUGGCCCACCUAAACAUAGUGUUUCAUGAAAAGGUGCUCAACCAAAUCCAAAAUAUCCUGGAGGGGAACUCGGAUAUGCCCAAAGAGGUUGACGUCCGAUCUGUAGCUUAAUAGAAGGCAACAGCAUUGAAGAGUUUAAAAAACUAAAACACAUGGAAUGCUGGAUUUU